CACUUCCUCUCGCGCGUCUCUUGAGUUUCACCGGUCAAGCUCCUCUCUCUUGCUUUCCAGCCCUCCGAGCCAAGUAAGCUCCUUUCUUUUCUUCAUUAACUCUUCUUCGUUUUUGUUCCCGGUCAAUGUCUUCUUUUGAUAGUCAGGGUAUUUCUUCCUUGGAUGCCUACGCAUCCGAGGAAUCCUCAACCUCUUCUUCUUCAACCAGGUCAUCUCUAUCCGGUUCUAAACCCUGGUCGGUUCCCAACACCACCGUCCCUGAACCGCAGCCUGUUAACCAAUUGCCCGGUCAGGUUUUUCAGGAGAGGGAUGAACCGGUUGACGAUGAGCCAGCUCCCUAUGACCCUGAUAACGAGUCAUAUGAGGAAUUGGUGAACCGGCUGGAAGCGGCCAGUUACUUUCCCCUCCCUACUAGCUACCCCUCAGACAUCUACCCCCAUGUUUCCAAGAUUGCCCAAAACAAGGCCCGUAGGAAUCUCCCGGAGGAGUAUGUCCUUGAAUUCGACCCCAGGUGGCCGAAUAUUAUCGAGCCUCACCGGGAUGAUAGAAUAGGCUUCCAUAUUAUUUCUUUGGAGAGUGGCACCGUCUUCCCCCUCUGUCCCCUCCUGGUUGAAUUAUGCCAGUGCUUUAAAAUCCUUCCCGGGCAGAUUACGCCCAAUGCCCACCGUUUCCUCAACGCCUUUGUAAAUAUCUGCGUUGAACUUAAGAUCGACCCUUCCCUUCGCCUGUUUCUCUUCUUGUUUGAAGUCCUUCCCGAUAUGAAUUUCAGGUCUUUCACCAUCCCGAAGAAGACCGGCGGCCCUUCCACCUCUGCCCCCAAAACCGUACCGGUCCGGCAGGAACCAGUGGAGAUCCAUUCCGAGGAGGGGACUCCUCCGACCGGGAAGACCGGUCAGGCCGGGAAGACCACGGUAAACCCUCCCCUAGACAAGGGGAAGGGAAAGGUCCGAACCAAGCAUGCCGCCACCACCCAUCCCUCAGCGAAAAGGAGAAGGGGAGAAAACGCCCCGGCCACAGAGUCGUUAGAGGAGCUUUGGGUCAAGAUGGGGCAGAAGCUGAAGGAGGUAAUAUUUGCCCGGCACUUUUUCUUGAAUUUGCUACUUGUCUGUCGCACUAACCGGUACAUUUUCGUUUUGCAGAUGAGCGAGGUUGGGCCUGAUGUCCUGGAGCAGCUCGCCAAUGAUUCUCCUUCCCGGUCACCCCAAUUGGAGGAAAAGCUGAAGAGGUCCGAAGCACACAACCAGGAGCUUCCGGAUCUAACAACCCUCCAGCUUGAGGAGAUGGACAACCUCUCUAGGAUGGCCGGGGCAGCUCAGGAUGAAAUCCUCCGAUUGAAGGAGGAGAACCUAAAGCUGAUGGAGGAUUUGGACUCCAAGGAGUGAGAGUUUCCCGGUUGAGCUCGCCAGUGGAUGGGGGAGAACCUAGAGGAGGUCGCCCGGUUGGUCACCUCCGAUCAAGAGAAGACGGUGGAGGCCUUCAAGCUGAUCUACCGGGAGGAGCAAGGAAAGGAGAUGAUCACCCAGAUCGGCUCCUAUGGUUUCAUGUCCGGGCAAAAACGAGACCGGGAGGCUACCCAUGCAAUCUUGGCUAAGCGGGACUCGACCU